AUGGAUUGGCCCACGGUCGAUGGGGCCGUGUUGAGUUUCUUGAAAAGGACGUUUGGGACGCCUCUCCACUUUGAUGCAGCUUUCGAUUCAGAUGUUGAGUGUGCUGAAUUGAUUUCACAAGGAUUUCCGGAUAUGGUCGAGGAGACGGCCUGCAAUAUCGCUGCAGAGAUCAUGCUUUGGAAGGCUGGGGCUUCUCGGGAUUUGAAGCGGGCUCGGAAGUCAGUUGCAGAGAAAGCGUUGUUUGGUUUGCCACUUGAAUCUCAAGUCUCCGUUCAGAGCGCAUUCAAACAGAUUUCACAGACGAGUCCUUUGAUUUUACUUGAGCUUCAUGCCAAGAAGGCACAGAGAAAACACAAGGAGGAGCCUCCGGAUAUCAGGUCGAAACAAUUUGACGCUGAGCGGAAGAAGUACAGUCUCCUUUUGGCACAGGUGAUCAUUGAUGCUAGCCUUCCUGUCGUUCCACUUGUUCAGACGCUUGAGGACCCUCGUACAGGUUGGAUUCAUCUCUUUGCUGCAAGGCGUGGGAAUACCCUCAAGAAUCGCUACAAGGUCUGGCAUCCUUUUGAGAUUUGGCUUGAACUUCAUAGGGGGUACAAGUUUCCUAAGAGCAUCAGGGAUGUCAUUGACUAUAUGCAACAUCGGGUUGACGAGGGCUGUGGUCGAACCGUGCCUGAAUCGUUUUCGGUGGCUUUAUCAAUGCUUGAGCAACUUGGUCGUGUCCCGGAAGAUUCUCGAUUGUCAGAAGAUGCUUUGUGGAAGGGCCAUGUCAAGUCAUGGGUUGCUGAGUUGGGGGUGGAUGCACCCCCAAGGAAACCAGCUGAGAUGUACACUGUGGCCAUGUUGAUUUCUUUGGAGGCAUUAGUCACUGAUGAGGAGGCUGCCAUUUUUGCCAGGGCAUUAGCUUGGGUGGUCCUCUGCAUGGUUUGGGGGGCAAUGCGUUGCGAUGAUGUUCAGUCCAUUCUACCGCAUCGUAUGAUCCUUUCGAAUUUUGGGCUGAGCCUCACUCUUGGGAGAAGUAAGACUUCUGGUCCCGACAAGCCGCAAAAGGAAUUGGUUGUUCACAUCUUGAGGACUGUGUCUCUGACUGGACGGGAUUGGCUUCGUGUGGGCAUGGACAUUUGGGAGGAAGAUCCUUUCAAUUUCAAGCGUGAUUAUUUGGUGAUGGAGCCAACUAGGUUUUGGGACGGAGUUCGCAGGAAGUACGUGCCACCUUCAGGCCUGGCUUCACUCAUCUCUUGCUUGUUGUCCCAGUUGGGGACACCGAAGGCGGUCUUUCAGAGUUGGGACGUGACCCCAAACCAACUUCUCUUGCCUGAUGGGUUGGAGAAGUUCUUCACUGGGCAUUCGCCACGGAACUUCAUGACUUCGGUUGCUGCAGUCAUUGGUUUUUCCAGGGAUGAGAGAGCUUUCUUGGGAAGGUGGUCGAUGGGCACAGUUUCGGCUGAAGAGUACGUGAGGACUUCACGUCAAGUCGUCUUCAAGAUCCAGCGUGCUGUGAAUAGGACUUUGAUUGAAGGGGGUCCUGAAGAAUUCUUUGAGGACGAAUUGAUUGUCAAGCUUUGCAAAUUUGCCGAGGACCAAGGGGCUAAUCCUUCUAGGAUUGCUAAGCGACACAGGGUGUUGAGCAUUGUUUCUGGGAGGAAUUGCCUUGGAGGUGUGUAUCCAGCAUUGGAGGUUGAAGCCAGGGACGCCGAAUUGGUGAGCGAUUUCUUGGACGAAGACCACGAGGAGUCUGUCGAUCGUAUUGCUCAGAAAGAACUUUCACUUGUUGAGAAGCAGUCAAAAUAUUUUGUCAUCGUGUCCCGGAGGGCAGGCUUGAAGCGACUCCACAUGUCAGGUUGCCACGUCAAGCCCAGCCGGAGGUAUGGGACCUUGAGAAAGUUCUCAGCCUUGGCCGACGACCGUGCGGCGAUUCGGACCGCUUGCCUGCAUGAUUUCGCGAUUCCUCAGGACACACCCCAAGGUAGAGCUGAGACUGCCGCCGUUGUUUCCUCUUGGGAGAUUGCUAAGGAGUUUCUUGCAAAGGAGGUGGAGCUCAGAGCGGAGGCGAAGGUGUUGGGACAGCCUCGCAUUCUUCAGAUUCACGAGAGGCAGGCGAUGCUGAAGGCUGUGGAGGCAGUCUAUGGUUCACUUGGUGAAUCGGAAUGCCCUGCUCCGGACUAUCUUUCACUCAAAGCUGAGGAAACCGAGGCGAACGAGCCGACUGCCUCGCCCUUAGAUGAGAUCAUCAGCAAGCAGGCAUCAUCUGUCUCCCAGCUUCAAUCCGCAGUUGACUCGACAGGUCUCAUUCGUGUCACUCGCAUGAAAAGUAAAUCCAAGAUGCCUGCCAACACCGAAGAGUAUCGUAAAGUGAUGAAGGUAGAGAUGUAUGCUUGGCUUUCCAUGGCCUCUAGGUAUAGAUCCAAGCAUUGGCUGCAUGGUUUGACCGCCGAACCUUUCACUAAGUUCGUAGAGUAUAUUCUUGGAGAGCGUGUCUUGAAUAUACAGAUCCCGACCUCAUCACCUGAGCAGCAGCAGAAGGUCAAGCCUGAUUGGACUAUCAUUCUUGCGUACGAGCACAAAUUGCGCCGGGAGGCCAUGAAGUUGGUAGUCAACCAAGGCCACACAUUGGCCGACGCGUUGCAUGCUGUCAUUCGCGACGCCGACCUCAAAGAAGCAUUCUUCACAACACCCGUGGCAUUGAAGGCAGCUCAUGCUUCCUUUGAGACUCCGCCAAACAAGUUUGCCCGCCCCUUUUGGAAAGGUGCGUAUUCGAAGGGUUACCAAACUGACAAGGGCAAAGGGAAAGGAAAGAAAGGAAAGGGCAAACGCAAGCAGCAGGACUCUCGUUUAGCCGGGUUGAAAGCUGAGGAGCAGGGUUUGAUCCGUUUGGAGCUCAGAGAGUUGGACAUUGAGCGGUCGAGUGAACAUGAUUUGACCGAUGAUGCACUCUGGGAUUCCCUUUUUGCAUUACUUCGAGAAGGUCACUUCCUCUUCGAGCACCCAGAGGAUUUGGGCGUCGUGCACGGGGAGCACCCCGGUUCCGUUUGGCAGUGGCCUGAGAUUCGUGAACUCAUUGCAUCCACUAUUGCACAGUGCUUUGCGAUUCAUCAGUGGCCCCCAAAGGCACGGGGCGAGAGGCGUUCUGAGGAGAUGAAAAGAUUGGCUGCUGCCACCUUCGAUCUUCUUAGUGACACGGUUCGCCAAGUCAUACAGGACCCCAGGAAGGAAGCUUUCCGGCUUGUGACGGGCAAGCUGACGCAAUCCCCUUUUCCUGCUGAAGUGUUGACGCCUCUUCGCAGCAAGUGGGCAGAGCUUCUCUCGGAUCCGGGGGAUGCACUUGUGGUGGAUCAAGGGCAGCCCUUCCUCCUGAGGGGUCUUGCUCAGUGGCUCGGGGUGUUUGAGGACCCUGAUGCGAAAUGGCUUGUGGAUGUGGAGGAUUCGUUGGCCUCAGGCGUUUGCCUUGGGGUCGAAAAGCCCCUUCCUCGGUCUCCCCAGGUUUGCCCUCCAAAGGUCAAGCGCCGCAAGUUGGACGAGUCAGAGUUUUCCCCCAUUGCACAGAACUAUGCAUCGGCUGACAUGUCUUCUUCAGAACUUGAAGCCAAGUUUCGAGAAGAGGAGGCACUGGGCCGGAUGUUCCCAUCUAAGCUGGGUGUGCUUCGUGAGCAGUAUGGUGAUAAGUUGAGGGUUGCAUCAAUGGCAGCGAUCAAGAAACCGGACGGCAGUGUGCGCCCCUUGCACGACGGGACUCAUUCCGUGAGGGUGAACAACGUUAUUCGGUACCAAGACCAGCUUGAGUGCCCCGGUCCAGGGGAGAUCGCAGCAGUGGUUCGCACUUCGGUCGAGUCCAGGGAGGACAAUUGGCUCUUGCACAUGAUUUACGUUGACGACUUGCACGGUGCCUUUAUUGGACAACAUAAGUUUUGGCUCAUCUGGGUGUGGCUGCUCGCCUUUGAACUCGUAGGUGUGCCUUUCGGAUAUCAUAAGUUCCAUGGUGGCUUUGCAUCGGAGUUCGUAGGAUUCAACUUGAGGUACGAUCUUGCCGAGGUUGGCAUCUCGGAGAAGAGGGGUCGUUGGCUUCUUGAAUGGAUCACAAAGGCGACGACUGAUCGCUUUGUCGUGGUUGGCAGGUCUUUCAUUGAGUUCUUGGGUCGUCUCGGAUUUGUCUCACAGUUGCUUACGUGGCUGAAACCGCACUUGUCUCCAUUGUUCGCAUGGGCCGCGGUCGUGGCUCCAGGCACGGUUGGGAAGCUGCCGGAUACUGUGAUUCUUACCUUGAAGUAUAUUGACCUUGAGUUUAAAGGUGAAACCUUCUUA